UGUUUAGUAGCAAGGUCCCAAUCUUUCCAAGUUUAACUUCGACAAAUAAUGUCGUACAGGAAGCCUUUUCAUCUUGAAAAAAAGUAGUACUAGCACAUCGUGCAUUGGAUAAUGAGUAGACAGAGGUGGAAAUUAAGGCAGUGCUAAAUGUGCCUGUGGUGCUAGUAACAUGGUGCCUUUUCCAAGGGCGGAGCCAGGAUUUCAAAUUUGGGUGUACAGAGUUAAAAAAGUUCUAGUCGAAAAAAUCGAGGUAGAAAAAAGCUGUGUGCCAGUGGUGCUACUAACAUGUGCCUGCCCUUCUCUCAUUACCUCCUAGUCAUGGAUGGCUAACUGGCCAGCGGUGUUCUAGCUAGCAUUAACAGGCUAUUAGCUAGUUGUAAUUAAUUGUUUGGCUUGUUCUUUUGUUGUGGUUCAUCUCCUCUCCUCGGGAACAAUGGAAACCGCCCAAGAAGACAGUAACGGCAGGGCCGUGGGAUCUGAAUCACUAUUUGCCUCCGGCUUCUCCAAGGAGAUCCCCUCUUCCGCCUCCAGAUCUGCAAAUCAUGGCGACGCUCGUUCCAGAUCUGCCGGAUGAACUUGUCCAUGAGAUCCUCUUCCGCCUCCCGCCAGAUGAGCCCGCGUGCCUUUUCCGCCUAUCCGUACUCUCCAAUCUCUGGCGCAGUCUCCUCUCCGAUCCUGGUUUCCACCACAACUACCGCAAGUUCAAUCGGAUGCCUCCUAUGCUUGGCUUCAUCUACAACAGUGAGGUGAGCUCCGUCAGUCGCUUUGUCCCCACCACUGGGUCCUCCCUCCCAUGCACUUUUGACCCCCAGCUGGCUGACUUCACCGUGUGCGACUGCCGCCAUGGCCGUGUCCUCCUCGACAACGGUGAGGUGCCCAUGGAGCUUGUGGUCUGGGACCCCAUGACGGACCGCCGAAAAGAGGUGAGCGACCCCCGCAGGUCCUUGUUCUAUCUCGGGACCGCGGUGCUAUGUGCUGUGGACGGCUGCGACCACACCAGCUGCCACAAGGGCCCUUUCCAUGUUGUUUUUGUCGGUAUUGAUGCGGAGGUGGGGAGCGUAACCGCCUACAAGUACUCGUCGGAGACGGGUGAGUGGAGCACGCCGACGUCUGAGCUUGCCCUUGUCGACGAGCAUCACUUUGUCGUGGAGCUUGACCUCUUCGACGGGCUUGACCCCGUCGAUGACGGCUACCUUACUGCGAUGCACAGUGUGCUUGUUGAAGACUCCCUCCACUUCCUCCUCAUGUCUGGGCCACAAGGCGCUCGAGUUCUCAAGUACGAUGUAGGAAGGCAUUACCUCUCUUUGAUCGUCCUGCCGGCAGCGGCGGCUGUUUACGACCGGGGCACCCUUCUCAUGGCAACAGAGGAUGGAAGGCUGGGAGUCGCCCACCUGGACAAGCUCAGCCUUCACCUGUGGUCAAGGGAGGUGGGUCCUGACGGAAUUGCAGCAUGGACAGAACAUAGAGUCAUUAACCUCAUACCGUUUCUCCCCAUUGGAGAUCCUGCGAUCAAAGUGGAGUUGAUUGGCUCCGUGGAGGGUGCCAAUAUCAUCUUCGCCACCACAGCUCUUGGUGUCUACGCUAUUGAUCUCAAGUUGCUGCGGUCAAGAAAGUUAUGUGAAGGACAAGACAUUCGGCCCCUCUUCCCCUUCAUGAGCUUUUACAAUCCACCAGAAAGGCAAACUGGAGCAAGUUUUCCGGCAGGGGCAUCGGUUGCUGCGCGUCACCAGUGAUGUGUUGGACAGACCCCAGUUGUGCGUCUCACCAAUAAGAUGGAUAAUCUCAUAGAGUCAAUUAAGGGUUUGUGACGAAGUAAUGAACUAUUUCAGUACUAGGUGUUUCGGUGUUACUUGGUUGAUUUCUCAUGCUGUUUGCUUUGUGAGUAACUUAAUUCAGUUCCAUAAUUUCGUCAAUCUGUGUCAGUGCGUGGGUGCGUGCGUGUGAAGUUGCGAUAUGUUUUCAGAUACUUGAUGAAGUUGGUGGCUUCGUCUUUUUAGGUCCGUUUUGAGCUACCGUGCUGUUUGGGGUCUUAUCUUUUUGGAAGGUAAGGUAUCAUGCAUCGUAUCUUACCAGGUGUUCAUAACGUGUUUUAGUGGCAGAUUGCACUGUGAUCUAUCCAUAAUCCAUUCACUUGA